AUUGCUUCAACUUAUUGACCACCUCGUUCAGUGUUCUGGUCCCUUGGCAGAAGCAGAAUCACAUUUACCAAUUCACUUAAUUACUCAGACACUUUCAUCUUCUUCUGCUGCAUGGGUUGGCUUAGUCGGUUCAUCACCGCCGUGGCUUUCUUAGCCGUCGGAGUCAUAUUCUCACCGGAGACUUUGGGUUCGAAAUCACCCAAUCUUUCCACCUACCUCAAACUCGCUCACCUCCUCAGUUUCUCCACCGCAUUCGGCGCCGCUCUAUGGGUCACCUUCAUCGGUGGCAUCAUCAUGUUUAAGAAUCUGCCGAGGCAUCAGUUUGGGAACCUGCAGAGCAAGAUGUUUCCGGCGUAUUUCUCGAUGGUGGGGGCUUGUUGCGCCGUAUCGGUUGCCUCCUUUGGUUACCUUCACCCGUGGAAAACUUCCUCCACUACUGAGAGAUACCAGCUUGGGUUUUUGCUCUCUUCCUUUGCGUUCAACCUUACCAACUUGUUUGUCUUCACACCUAUGACCAUCGAGAUGAUGAAGCAAAGGCAUAAAGUGGAGAGAGAAAACAGUAUAGGGGAGGAAGUUGGGUGGUCGAAAAAUGUGGAAGUUGCUAAGUCAAACCCAAAACUUAAAGCCAUGAAUAAGAAAUUUGGUAUGAUUCAUGGAUUAUCCUCUCUUGCCAAUAUAAUGUCUUUUGGGAGUCUAGCAAUACACUCUUGGUACUUGGCAGGAAAAAUUGAUCUUUGAUUCAGUUUGUGCCCCCAAUUCUAUUCUAUUAAAGACAAAUGAACUCCUGCUGAAGAACAAUAUAAGUGAGGAUCCUAGUGUUCCCUUUAUCUUCCACUUGUUUUACUGUCAAGCAAAAUAAGUCUAGCAUGUCUGUAUAAUGGAAACAUGAUGCCUCCUCACAUGAAUAAAAUUAGCAGUAUCUGCUCCUUGUUCA